CUUAAUGGGAGUACGGAGGGAGUCGCGGAGUGUGUGUAGGGGUGCCAUUUACACUGAGGAUAUUGAUGGACACAGCAACCCGAACAAGUCACCCAAGCUUCCAAGCAAUGAGCCGGUGUUCCUUCUGAAUCGCAGGUUUGAAGAAGAGAGGUUGUCAGCUCCCACCCCACUGCUCAGGUCUCAGAGCUCCACAGGACCCUACCCUGAGGGGCUGCCAUGGGAGAGGUUGUGAUUGUGAAGGAGGGCUGGCUCCAUAAGAGAGGAGAGUACAUUAAGACAUGGAGGCCCAGGUACUUCCUGCUGAAGAGUGAUGGGACAUUCAUUGGCUACAAGGAGCGGCCACAGGACGUGGACCAGCUGGAGACGCCACUCAACAACUUCUCUGUGGCCCAGUGCCAGCUGAUGAAGACGGAGAGGCCGAAGUCCAACACCUUCAUUAUUCGUUGUCUGCAGUGGACAAGCGUCAUAGAGCGCACCUUCCACGUGGAAACUCCGGAGGAGAGAGAGGAGUGGACAAAGGCGAUCCAGGCGGUGGCGGACAGCCUGCAGAGGCAGGAGGAGGAGAGGAGGGACUCGUCCUCUGACCCCUUCGAUGUGGACCUGUGUCCCUCUAAACCCCGUCACAAAGUGACUAUGCACAACUUUGAAUACCUCAAACUCCUGGGGAAAGGCACUUUUGGGAAAGUGAUUCUGGUGAAGAAAGCCACAGGGAAAUACUAUGCCAUGAAGAUCCUCAAGAAGGAAGUGAUAGUGGCAAAAGAUGAGGUAGCACACACUCUGACUGAGAACCGGGUUCUACAGAGCUCCAAGCACCCUUUUCUCACGGGAUUAAAGUAUUCCUUCCAGACACAUGAUCGAUUGUGCUUCGUCAUGGAGUACGCCAAUGGUGGAGAGCUCUUCUUCCAUCUAUCCAGGGAGCGGGUAUUCACUGAAGAGCGCUCUCGCUUCUACGGUGCCGAGAUCGUGUCUGCGCUGGACUACCUCCACUCGGAGAGGAAUGUAGUGUACCGUGACCUCAAGCUGGAGAACCUGAUGCUGGACAAAGAUGGCCACAUUAAGAUCACUGACUUUGGGCUCUGCAAAGAAGGCAUCACGGACGGGGCCACCAUGAAGACCUUCUGCGGCACGCCGGAGUAUCUGGCCCCUGAGGUGCUGGAGGACAAUGACUACGGCCGUGCGGUGGACUGGUGGGGUCUGGGCGUGGUCAUGUACGAGAUGAUGUGCGGCCGGCUGCCCUUCUACAACCAGGACCACGAGCGCCUGUUCGAGCUCAUCCUCAUGGAGGAAAUCCGCUUCCCACGCACCCUUGGCCCCGAGGCCAAAGCCCUGCUCUCCGGCCUGCUGCACAAGGACCCCAAACAGCGGUUAGGGGGUGGCCCUGAUGAUGCUAAAGAGAUCAUGCAGCAUACCUUCUUCUCUGGAAUCCAGUGGCAGGAUGUGUACGGGAAAAAGCUGGACCCACCCUUCAAGCCCCAGGUGACUUCCGAAACGGACACGCGGUAUUUUGAUGUGGAGUUCACUGGACAAACCAUCACCAUCACUCCCCCUGGACAAGAUGACAACAUGGAGUCCUUUGACAGUGACAGGAGGCCUCACUUUGAACAGUUCUCCUAUUCGGCCAGUGGAACUACAUAGUCCUCCUCUGCUACUCUCCCCAUCUCACUCUCUCUCUUCCUUUUUGUCUCUUUUACUCUUUCUCUCUGACACUCUUUUCCCCCCAUCUGUCUUUCAUUCACUCUGCUCUUUCCUCUCUUUCCCCUUUUCAGCUCUACUUUAUCAUCCCUCUUUCUCUCCAUCUCUCUUCCCUCCAUCACAUCUCUUGUGCUUCUGUAUCUCUUCUAUCCCCUCUA